GAAGAUUUUUUUGCCGAGUAUUAGGGGGUGUUUUAGGGGUUGGAGUGGGAGGAUGAGGAUGAGGAUGAUGGGGUUUUGUGCGAGGAGGGAGGAGAGGAAGAAGAAGAAGAAGGAGGAGAUGCUAGCUUGUUGAGAAUUUCUUCAACAUCAUCCCUAAUUUCCGAUACUGGAGAAAAAAGGAAUGAGGUUCGUUGGAGAAGAACAGAUAAUAAGAUAUCUAUUCCUCUCCUUUCGUCUUCAUCCUCACCAGAAUCGAAAAACUCACAUUUCACAUCCGCAGAAGCAUUAACCGCACACCUAAUAUCAACCGACCUCACCAAAUAUCCCUCUCUAGACGCAAAAACCCAAGAAAAAAUCAUCACCAAAUAUCGCGAACUCGAUAAAAAACUACAAGCAGAAGGUCUCUACAACUGUCCCUACAGCUUCUACGCUAUUGACAUCCUCCGAUACAUAAUCCUCUUCAUACUCUUCCUUACAUUCCUGCACAAGGCGCAGUACGCACUCUCGGGGCUCUUCCUCGGUCUCUUCUGGCACCAACUCGUCUUUACAGCCCACGACGCAGGACACAUAGGAAUAACGCAUUCCUACCACCUCGACACCAUGAUCGGGAUCACUGUCGCCGAUUUCCUCGGUGGCCUCUCACUAGGUUGGUGGAAGCGAAAUCAUAAUAUCCAUCACAUCGUGACCAACUCGCCCGAACACGAUCCUGAUAUCGAACAUAUGCCGUUUUUUGCCAUUUCGCAUCGUUUUUUCUCUUCCCUCUAUUCAACAUACUAUGAUCGAUAUAUGAAAUUUGACGCUGCGUCCCGAUUUUUUAUUAGAUAUCAACAGUAUUUCUACUAUCCCAUUCUUCUCCUCGGAAGAUUCAAUCUAUAUAUAUUAGCAUGGACCUACCUCCUAAAUCCCGUCCAAGCACCCCGUAAAGGACCAGCAUGGUGGCACCGCUAUUUCGAAAUAGCAGGCCAGAUAUUUUUCUGGUUCUGGUUCGGGUACUACACCUUGUACCUGUGCAUCCCAAACUGGACGUCCCGCUUUACAUUCCUCCUAAUCUCGCAUACUGUUACCGCACCCCUCCACGUGCAGUUAACACUAAGUCAUUUCGCGAUGUCGACUUCGGAUCUUGGGGUUAGUGAGUCGUUUGCGCAGAAAAUGGUACGGACUACGAUGGAUGUGGAUUGUCCCCCUUGGAUGGAUUUCUUGCAUGGAGGAUUACAGUUUCAGGUUGUGCAUCAUUUGUUUCCGAGAUUGCCGAGAUAUAAUUUAAGGAAGGCACAGAUGUAUGUUAGGGUUUUUUGUGAAGAUCUUGGGGUUCCAUAUGUGAGGUUUGGGUUUGUGGGGGCUAAUCGGGAGGUUAUUGGGAAAUUGGGGGACGUUGCUGAACAGUUGAGGGUUUUGGAGGAGUGUAGGAAGGUUGCUUCGAGGAAUUUAAUGGGCAUGUCUUCAAAGGGGUGAUUUGAUUAGGAUUGUGGUGUUCUAGUGAUAGAGUAAGAUUGGGAAAUAUUUUUAUAUAAAGUUUAUUGUUUUUAAAAGAAUUAUCUCUUAAGUUUAGUACCCCCUUUUCGGACCAUCUUUAAUUCAGAUUAUUUUUUAUAAUAAAAACUUUCUUUAAAUAUUUAAUAAUAAAAUAUAUAAAAAUUUUUUUCAGUUUUAUAAUUCUUGUUUAUUAUUUAUUAAUAAUUUAAAUAAAACUUUUUUUUUAUUAUAAAUUAUAUUAAAAUAAAUUGUAUUUAAU